GAACGCAGGCUCGAUUUUUCGGUGAUCUUGGUCUGCCUGUGCGUCUCCCUGCUGUCAGCUCCUGCCCGGUGUUUGCUCUUUCCCUCAGACUCUACCUCGUGUCAUGCAUUAAACUCCUGUCGGCGUUUGGAGGCCAUGGGGCUGACGAAGAGCUCGUUUUUGUCGGGCGGCGGAAGGAGCUGCGGUUAUCACGUGCAUGGGAUUCAAGAAGGUUCACCAGCAUUGAAGGCAGGACUGGAGCCUUUCUUUGACUUUAUCCUCUCCAUUGGACACACCAGACUUAAUAAAGAAAGUGAUUUGCUGAAGGACAUGCUGAAGGCCAAUGUUGAGAAAGCUGUCAAGCUGGAAGUGUACAACUCAAAAACUCAGCGGGUGAGGGAACUGGAGGUGACACCCAGCAACAUGUGGGGCGGUCAUGGUUUGCUGGGCGCUAGCGUUCGAUUCUGCUGCUUUGAAGGAGCCAACGAGAACGUCUGGCAUGUCUUGGACGUGGAACCACGGUCUCCUGCAGCGCUAGCCGGCCUCAGAGCUCACUCUGACUUUAUUGUUGGAGCUGACCAAGUUUUACAGGAUUCAGAGGAUUUCUUUUCCUUGAUUGAAGCCAACGAAGGCAAACCCUUAAAGCUGCUGGUUUAUAACACUCAGACUGAUGGGUGCAGGGAGGCAGUGGUGACUCCUAAUGCAGAUUGGGGAGGAGAGGGAAGUUUAGGCUGUGGAAUAGGCUACGGCUACUUACAUCGGAUCCCAACUCGACACGUUCCGCUUAUUCUACAAAGUGAAGGCUCUCUUCCUGAGCUAACCACCAGCAACGAAGAGGUCGCCUCAUCUGACAACAGAGAGGUGCGUUCUGAGAUUAGUGAAGUAGAUUUGACUCAAAGUAAAGCAGCUGUGGACAGUCAGAGUGAAAUCUCACCCGCUCAUCAACCUACAAGCCUUGAAUUUCCCCCUGAAGCCCAGACUUUGCAUCUGUCAGACGCAGAGGAGGACCACAGCUCCAUGUGUGCUGAUUAUGGAGAUGACACAGAUAAAUUAUAUUUGGACCAAAGUGCUUCCACUCCAGAAGAAGCCGACAUUCAGGUAUCAGAUCCAGCUGCAGGCCACUCGUCUCCCACCAGAGAGGCUGCAGAUGACUCUGUUGGGCCUUUUAACUCGGGCCACAUGCCGGAGCUUUCUGGAGGAGACCCCUAACCUGUGUGUCACUUUAUCGUCCCUGGAAGAACUCCGUUUCCUGUGGCUGCAUGCUCAUUUGCACUUUUGAGAAACAUCGUUGCCGUAGUGCGACAUGAAUGUAUGAAGUACUGAUAGUUCAAAAACAUUUUCCUGCUAGAAUAAUAAGUGGUUUGCACCAAAAAGACAAAUGUGAAUAAUAUGCAUCUUUGUUGCUCUUACUGUAUGAAGCCACGAGGGGCGAUUUGUAGCUCAGAUUAAGCUUCUGAAUGUUGGGUUUGUUUUUAUUCUCUCCUCAUUGCUAUAAUGUUUUUUAAUCUCAGGCUUUUGACAGACACGCCUUCCUGCCUUCUGGUCUGUUUCGAUUUACAUUUAUGUUGAUGAGUCUCAUCAUUCUUUGGUUGUUUUCUGUUUUUAAAUGGUUUUAACUGAAGCUGUGUAAUAGAUUUCUAUGGAUGGAAGAAAAAAUAUAAAAGAAAAUGCUCAACAUGCAU